AUGAACAUGAUUAAUAUUGGAUAUUUGAUUUUAGUUUUAUCUUUUUUGUUAUUGGAAAAGACAUUUUAUGGUAGUGAUACCUUUAGAGGAUUUGAAGAUAUUUAUGUUAGAAGAAAAAACAAAAUAUGGUGUUGUAAUUUAAAUCAUGAAAAAAGUUAUUUUCAUAACAAAACUAUAAAUACGUCAUACAAAAAUAGAGUUUUAAAAGAAAGCAUUUUACUUAAUUUAGAUUUAGGUAUGAAGAAAUAUAAGGAUAAUACCAUAACCAAAAAGAAAACACCUGAAAAUAUUUAUAAAGAUAAAUAUGAAAAUAAUUAUGAAAUGAAAUAUGAUGAAGAUAUUGCUAAUAAUAUGAGUGAAGAAAAAAGAGAUGAAAAGGAAGUGAUUGAACAUCAAGAAAUAGACGAAAAAAAAGGAAAACAAUACAAAAGUGAUAUAAAUAAAACAGUUAGUUUAUCACAUCUUAAACAAUAUAAAAAUAUUUAUGUUAAUAACAAUAAUAAAAUAAAAAAAAAAAAAAGUAUAAAAAAACAUUUACCUUCAUAUAAUUUAGAAAGGAAAAGUAAUAAGUAUCUUAACUUUUUACUCGUAGAUAAUAGAAAUGAAUCUUAUACCUUUAUGGUGCCUAUGAAAUUUUAUAUAAAUGAAGCAAUAUAUAAUAUUUCAGAUGAGGAAUAUAAUAAAUUAAUGGAAGAUAAUAAUGUAGAUGUUUAUUUAAAUAAUGCCUUGGUUGAAUACAAAUAUGAAAAUUUCGAAAUAAAAGAAGGCGAAGUUGAAGGAGAAGUUGAAGGAGAAGUAAAAGAAAAUAACAUGAAUGAGGAAGAAAAAGAUAAUAAAGAUAAGGGAAAUGAAAUAAAUUCAAACAGACAAGAUGAAAACACUGAAUUUCAAGAAAAUGAUAACAAUGAUAGUGUAAUUAUGAAAUAUACCAUUAUUAUUUCAGGAUUAGUUCUCUUAUGCUGUAUCAGUUUUAUUAUUUAUUAUUUUGAUAUUAUACAAAAGGUAAAAAUGAAGCUAAAUAAAAAAAGAAAAUCUAAUGCAACCAUGGCAAUAAAUAGAGACAAAAAUCAAGAGGAAUUUAUGUGA